ACUCACGCUGAGACUGCAGGGCUCCGGGGAGUGGCCUCCUGAGCCUCCGCGCCAAACACACUGAGCAUGCAAGCUGCUCUCGCCACGGCAGCCUGGGUGGUUUCCUUCGUCUCUAGUUAUUCAUAUACAACAAAAACUUUGCCAGAUAUUGAAAAUGAAGAUUUCAUCAAAGACUGUGUCCGGAUGCACAAUAAGUUCCGAUCAGAGGUGACUCCAACAGCCAGUGAUAUGCUGUACAUGACUUGGGACCCCCAACUAGCACAAAUUGCAAAAGCAUGGGCAAAAAAAUGUCAUUUUCAGCAUAAUGGACAGCUGAAGCCACCCCACAAGCUGCACCCAAACUUUACUUCACUAGGAGAAAACAUCUGGACUGGGUCGCUGUCCAUCUUCAAUGUGUCUUUAGCCAUCGCAGACUGGUACAACGAAAUCAAAUACUACGACUUCAAGACUCGGAGAUGCAGUAAGGUCUGUGGCCAUUACACUCAGGUUGUUUGGGCAGCGAGUUACAAAGUUGGCUGUGCAGUGCAAUUUUGCUCUAGAGUUUCUGGCUUUGAAAGUCUUUCCAAUGGAGCACAUUUUAUAUGCAACUACGGACCAGCAGGAAAUUACCCCACGUGGCCAUACAAGACAGGAGCCCCGUGCAGUGCCUGCCCCAAGAAUGACAAGUGCUUGGACAAUCUCUGUGUUAACCGACAACGAGACAAAGUCACACGUUACUACUCUCUUGCGUAUCCAGACUGGCCCAUAUAUCUACGUAACAGAUAUACUUCUCUUUUUCUCGUUAUUAGUCCAGUAAUUCUCAUACUAUCUGUUAUAAUUACCAUUUUGGUAAAGCACAAAUACCCUAAUUUAGUUCUAUUGGACUAAUAAAAUCCAG